AUAAAAUCAGAAGAACAGUUUGUAAAUUAUACUUCCGUGUUCCUGGUGAGUGUUGGACAAGUUUUUGAUUGUUUUUCUGUUUUGAUGACGAAAUGUGACACACAGAUUAGAAAGAACCGCAGUGUGACUCACAAAACGUUGCAGAUGUAGUUCUUCAUAUCAACUCCAGCUUGGUGACAUUUCUUUGACAUCUGAAGUACAACGAUUUCCUCAAAAUGGCAUCCCGGGAAUCAUCAUGUAACAUACUCAAGAUUGACUAUCUUAUGAAGAGGUCCCAGAACAAAAACACAUUCACGUCCGAGAACUACAAGGGCAGACAUUUUGUUCUUGAUGAAUAUUACCUGCGAUACUUCGACGGCAAGCUCGAGAAAAGAGGAAAGGAAAAGGGAUGUAUUGCUCUUCCCAAUGUACGGGCGGUCGAGAACGUGGAGAACCGGAUGCUGGACAACAGGGACAAUGUCUUCCAGGUGAUGUAUCAUGAAAACAGCGACUUCUUCACGCUGUACAUUGUUGCUCUGAAUACUGACCAGAGGGACACCUGGGUGACAGCCAUUAGACAGCAAGCUCAGAAACAAGGGGCCAACUUUGUACCUAAAUAUCACAAGGGAGUGUGGACAAAGACGCUCCGCAAAUACAACUGCUGCGAUCAGCUAUACCGCAAUGCACCAGGCUGUGAGGUGGCAACACACGAACAACAAGAAAAUGUGAUGCCAGUUCAACAACAAAGACCACAACAACAAGUUUCUGUGAAUGGUGCCUCGAAGAAAGAAGCCAAGGUUUAUGUUGCAAUAUAUGACUACCAGCCUGCAGAGGAGGGAGACUUAGAACUAGCUUGUGGAGAGGAGUAUGAAAUACUAGAUGAUAGUCGAGAGCAUUGGUGGCAAGCUAAAGACAAGAAGGGGAAUCAAGGAUACAUUCCAGCUAAUUAUGUCAAAAGGAAGUUUGACUUAGAAAUAUAUGACUGGUACUACAAGGACAUCACCCGACAGCGCAGUGAGGCCAUCUUGCAGGAGGACAACCGCGAGGGCUGCUUCCUGGUGCGAGACUCCAGCAGCACACCGGGGAUGUACACCCUGUCACUAUUUACAAAUGAAGGGAGUGUUCUAGUCAGACAUUAUCAUAUACGGAAGGAUUCUGAGGGCAAGUUCUACAUCUCGGACAAACAUGCCUACCCCAGCAUACCUGACGUUGUCCACUAUCACAAGCACAACUCAGGAGGUUUGGUGUGCAGACUGCGAGAACCUCCCAGACGACACUCAGCACCCUCUACAGCAGGAUUUGGUCACGGCAAGUGGGAGAUCGACCCCGAUGACUUGGAGACGGGGGAGCAGUUGGGUUCAGGAUGUUUUGGGAGUGUCAACCGUGGCAAGUGGAGGAACACACCCGUGGCAGUCAAGGUCAUGAAGUGUGGCACCAUGUCGGAAGAAUCAUUUGUGGAGGAAGCCAAAACAAUGACCCAGCUGAACCAUCCCAACUUGGUGCAGCUGUACGGCGUGGUGACCAAGGCCAAGCCUAUUAUGAUUGUGGUGGAGCUCAUGCGAUUUGGUGCACUGAACAACUACCUGGCCCGCCACAAGAACCGCCUGCUGCAGCAGCCCAUGACGCUCCUGGAGUUCUGCAUCCAGGUGUGCAAGGGCAUGUGCUACCUAGAACAACGCAAGUUCAUCCAUCGAGAUCUGGCCGCCAGGAACUGCCUCGUCGGACAGGACCAUGUAGUCAAAGUAGCAGACUUCGGUUUAGCCAGAUAUGUAAUUGAUGAUGAGUACACCAGCUCGGCAGGGACCAAGUUUCCAGUCAAGUGGGCUCCCCCAGAAGUCCUCAGCUACACCCGUUUCAGCAGCAAGUCUGAUGUCUGGGCCUUUGGUGUGUUGAUGUGGGAGGUGUUCAGCGGUGGGGAGAUGCCGUACAGCGGCAUGAAGAACCUUGACGUGGUGGACUACGUCAUCACCUCCAACCGCCGUCUGCAGAAGCCGAUGAUGUGCCCGGAGCUCAUGUUCAAGGUCAUGAUGCACUGCUGGGAAGCGAAACCUGAACGCCGACCAGGUUUUCCUGACUUACAUCAGCGCCUGAGCGGCCUUGCAGAUGGCGGGGACUACCCCCUGGUAUAAUUUACCCUACUUAGCACUUGCAACAAUAGUGUUACUGCUGACUGCGUGACGAGGCCGUGACAUGAAAUACACCAUGAAGUGUUGAAGGAAGCGAUGUCCGAAGACCUAAGGGUUCCACAUCUACCUUCCUGGAGACAACGUCCGGAACAUGAUCGUAUAGAAGUUCACAUUUCGUAUGCAUGUACAGUGCCUGUCCACUAGCCAAGCUUACUCAACAAGCAAAACACACCACCCUAGUAUUAUACAGCUAAGCUGUUGUCUGCUCAUUGGUUUGAACCUGUUGUCAUAGUUAUGGUUACAAGGCAACAGACUUAUAAGCUUUUGCCCUGAAUGUAGCAUUUGUUGUUCAGGGGAGAUACUUUGGAUAAAUAUGCACUAUUCAAUAUCGUCAUCGAAUAUAUAUAUAUAUAUACAAUAUGCAAUGGUACUUGGUACUUAUUUUCUUAUGUCCAAUUCCAGUUUUCUGUAAAGAACAAUCAUUAUGCUUUGAUUUGGCUCUUUGAUCGAUAUUAACAGAUCUGUUGCCACAUUGCAGUAAACCAUUCUUGAGUGGAAAUCAUGGAUGGAUAGCAUAUACAUUUGAACCAUGAUACGUAUAUAGUAAGGUUCUCAACCAUAUAUUUUGAGGUAAAGGAUUAUAUUUUUUAUAAAUUGACCUCAUCAUUCCAAGUGAGGCAGUGUGCUUGGUGACUUGUGGGAAUAGAUGUGCAUAGCAAUACUAGGUCCGAACUAGAACCCUCAUUAUUGAGGUGUAUAGGUUCCUCUUCCCAAAUAGCCUUGGGAUAAGUGAGUGAGGGUGUUGAGUUUAACACUGCAAUAAGUAAUAUUCCAACCAGAUCCAAGCAUGGACACCAGGAACAGGCUUCACAUAUUGUACCCAUGUGGGGAUCAAACCUGGCAUACCGAGCAACACUUUAACCACUGGACUACCCUGUCCAACUAGCCCAGGAAUAAACUAUAGGAUGUCUAUAGUAAGCAUUGGAACCAAUGGGUGUCCUCUUAUGAAUAAUGUAAGGAAGUAAAACAGUUUGCCGGUUAUGCCUAACAAUCAAAAUAUGUUUGUUUUCAUUUUAGUUUAAAUAGUAUUGACCAAGAUACUUUAGCCCAACAGUAACAACCAAACCUAAUUUUAUGGAUAUCGUCAAACGACAAAUGGAUGCGCAGAGUUACUUCCCUUCUCUAAGUUUCAGAACAUGUUCAGUUGUAGAUUAUAUUAAGAGGGGCAGCACUAUUUUUGGUUGCCAAUGUUGUCAUCCCAGGGAUAGAUGUGAUGAGUAGAAGACGAGGCCACUAGGGUUACCAUAGUAACAGGGUCGAGAUGUUAGAAUUGUGUACAAUGUUCGAGAUGACAAGCUGUCAGUGUUUUAGGAAAAUAGCACUGAACCUGCAUGGAUCAUUGAAUUUCUCAUUGUAAAAGUUCACUUUUCCAAAUAUUUUAUACUUAUACUAUGUAUUAUACUUCUAAGCCAGCAGUGUAUGUUAUCAAAGCUUUAGUGCUAUUGCCAUUCUUUGAUGUGGUAAAUUAGAUAAAAGAAGUAUACUUCGUGGACAUGAGUCCAGAUUAGGUUGUCCUGUCUACUUUGAUGCCCAUAUUUUAUAAUUUGAAAUGUCUGUGGCAGAUCCAGAGGGGGACUUCUGCUAGUGGCCACGCUGCCUGCCCUUUUUGUAAAUGUAAAAGAAAGAAAAAAGAAGAAAAAGUCCCCUACCAUGUUGAUUUGGUUGUUAAGUUAAAAUUAUUCAAACCCUGGAUCCGCCCCUGAAUGUUCAGCCUUUAUGUUUAAAAUCUGAUUUUAUUUCAAUCUAGAAAUAUGAUUUAGGCUUAAAAAAAUAAUAGUCUUGGUUCUCAGGCACCGCCCGCAUCAUCAUAAAGUUUGCCGUAUGAUUCGGUUUUUUAUUUCCAUUUUUAAAAAACAAACAAAAGAAUCCUUAAUUAUUCCAUGUCGAACGGUAGUCUAAAAAUUGUAUUCCAGUAUUUUACUCAUCAAGGAAUACAUUUUGUAGGGAGGCCCUUUCCCGGGUUCAUUGUACACAACUGUUUAUUUGGUUACAUACUAAUUUGAACAACACCAAAACCAAAAAAAGACUCCGCCCGCCCACACUAUAUUUUCAAAAACCAUUGCCUGAGAACCAAUUGUUUUAUUUUUUUAAGCCUUACUAUUAAUUUCAUUAAUAUGCGUCUCAAGAAUGUGAUUUUGUCUUUAUUCAUGUUGAAUAUCGUCAGUUUACAUUCAAAUGUAUAGUGUUUAUUUCAGUGUAGCAUUUAGAAACCAAGCUACUGGAUAGCUGUCAGAUAAAAUGUCAAGUUCCGUGCUUGUAUUGCUUUAGUGCUGUGUCCAAUGAGCUGUUUGUUCUGAGGAAGUAUUUAUUUCAUUUGUCUUUGUGUGUUGGUUCACCACAACGAAAACACACUGCAUGUGCCCUUCAGUCGUCUCUGUGCUGCUUUAGUCAGUCACUUGGUGAAGUAGGCUCUGUUGUAGAGAUGACAGACCCGAUGGCCUCUCCCCAACCAGACAAAUAGCCUCUUCAAGGAGCCGAGCUCAGAGUUAGAGUGUAAUGACUUUUUUUAGCCCUGAGUUGUGUGUCCCUUUUCUGGAGUUUGGUACAAAACAGUGGUGGGUAACUCUGGCCACACCUCAGAACAAGGGUAGGUAACUCUAGCCAUACCUCACAACAAGGGCAGGUAAAUCUAGUCAUUCUUCAGAACAAGGUUGGGUAACUCUAAGCACCUAUGUUUAUGACAGAGCUACAGAUAAGCAGCAUAUUUGCGUAAAAAUACCCCCCAAAAAUAUUCAAAACCCAAUUACUUUCAAUUAACUUGCGUACAGAAAUGCAUGCAUUAAGUGAAAACCUCAAAUGUAUAAAAAUAGCUCGCGUAAAUACCCACUGAGGAUUUUUCAGCAUGCGUACAAAGGAGCUAAUUUCCAAAACACAAUUACGAGCUAAUUUACUUUUGGAGUCAAGCCUAUAUAUUUAGAACAGUUAUAUACAUCUAAAACAUUAUUCUUUUUUUUUUUAAUCUUAAAAUGUUCACUAAUUUGGGGAAAAACCCAAAGAGUGAUGAAUAGAUGAGUGACAAAAUACUGUUUACCCAAUGAAAAUAGAAACCCUAGAGUAAAAACUCAAUUUCUCUAAAAGUGAUCUGGAGCUCUGUUAUGAUUCAUGUUGUCAUGUUUAUUGGCCAGGUUUGGCUGGAAGAUAAAGACAUCUCAUUAUGACCAUGUCAAGUUUGGUGAGGGAGUAACAAUAUGUGUGUGUGUGUGGAGGGUCACCAGGACUUGUCAAGCCUCGGUAUUCCUGAAAACAAAAUACAUAUGCCUUGCAUUGUAGGAAAUAAGAGUAAUGUGCCCUUUUCUGGCAGACAGUGUGUCAAAAGAAUCAGUUUGUUAUAUUUUUAAAAAUUUCAAUUUCAAUUUCAAUUUCAAUUUCAAUUUCAAUUAAAACUUCAGCAAAUCUGCCAGCCUUGGACCUACAGGCCGGUGUCUAUUACCAAUGCUGGUUAUAAUGAAAAUCAUCCUAAAAACCACAAGUUAACAGUAACUAAUGUAUUUUCCAGAAAUUCAUGUCAGAGUACCUUUUUUCACAAUGAUUUGACUUUGGUCAUUUGAAAUGAAAAUUCAGCACAUGAAAGAAUUAUGUUAGUAAGUAUGAUGCGUUCAUGGCUUUAAUGAAUAGUUGAAACUCUGAACUCAUCAUUUGUAUCUAGUAACAUUUUUUUCACAAUCACCCAUGGACAGUAAUGAUUCAUUAUUUAUUAUCAUCAGAUGAAGAUUAUCUGCAUCUUGUUUUCACUCAUGUGAGGUUAACCUACUUUUAGUACCCAAUGGUUUUCCACCAUGUAUACCACGGUAGAACCCUGCCAGUGUUAUCACAUCUGAGGAAUACCUCUGUAUAGUGCCCAUGGUUGUAAAACCUGAGGUAUAGCUCUAUAUAGUUUCCAUGGUUAUCACACAUCUGUGGAAUACCUCUAUAUAGUGCCCAUGGUAGUAAAACCUGAGGUUUACCUCUAUAUAGUGCCCAUGGUUGUAAAACCUGAGGUAUAGCUCUAUAUAGUGCCCUUGGUUAUCACACUGCUGAGGAAUACCUCUAUAGUGCCCAUGGUUAUCACACAUCUGAGGUUAACCUCUGUAUAGUGCCCAUGGUUAUAACACUGCUGAGGAAUACCUCUAUAUAGUGCCCAUGGUUAUCACACAUCUGAGGUUAACCUCUGUAUAGUGCCCAUGGUUAUAACACUGCUGAGGAAUACCUCUAUAUAGUGCCCAUGGUUAUAACACCUGAGAUAUACCUCUGUAUAGUGCAAAUGGUUAUAACACCUGAGGUAUAGGUCUGUAUAGUGUCCAUGGUUAUAACACCUGAGGUAUACCUCUAUAUAGUGCCCAUGGUUUUAACACUGCUGAGGAAUACCUCUAUAUAGUGCCCAUGGUUAUCACCACCUGAUGAAUACCUCCACAUAGUGCUACGUAUCACCCAUGUGAGGAAUACCUCUAUGUAGUGCCCACCGUUAUCACACAUCUGAGGAAUACCUCUAUAUAGUGCCCAGUGCAUGUUAGCCACCUGAGGAAUACCUCUAUAUAGUCCCCACCGUUAUCACACAUCUGAGGAAUACCUCUAUAUAGUGCCCAUAGUUAUCACACAUCCUAGGAAUACCUCCACAUAGUGCCAAGUUGUACAGCAUGUUUAUACCGCCUCUGCUAUUUAAUGUGCAAUGAUGCUGUAGAUCUUGCAGUGCUGCUUGUUCCAAACAUAUUUGUCUGCUAAUAGAUUUACUGAUGGUCAUUUAUUAAGCAACAGCUUACUCUGUCAUCCAAGAACAGAAUAUUUUUAUCCAGACCUUUUCUCUCCUUAUGGAGCAGCAUGCUCAAUCUAUGUGGGUUCAGUAACUUCCCACCAUCGGCAAAUAUUUACAUUUGCUUAGUGUUUGAUCAGUAUUGUGUCUCUGUUGCAGCAGACCUAACGUUUUUGUUUAUAAGUUGAGGGGGUAAAAGAUUAUCUUAAAACUGGUUCUGUGACUUAACAAAAAUGGGAGUGAAGGUAGAAUGAAUGAAAGAGUAUGUUUUAGAUUUUCUAGGCUAUUAUAGGCACAAAAACAAACAAAAAAUGGCGAAGAUUAUACAUAGCCUCAAAUUUUGGGAUAAAAAAUAUUAAGUGCUUGUUGAUCUUGCAGUAUUACUUUUUAGAAAUGGGUCAGUCUUGUCAUCCAGGAUAUAUGUUUUCAGCCACACAUACGCUUUAGUGUAUAUACUUUUGUCUGAAGCUGCCUUGAAAAUAUAAUUGUACAGACUGAAAAGAAUAUGAGAUCUGUCUCUUUUUGCCUGCAACACAUAUCUACGAAAGUAUUGUAGUAACGGAUAAAUCACCAGUGCAAGGUAUGGAAUGAUGAAGCAUCCUUUUUUGUAUGACUAUCUGCUUCUCCAAUCAAAAUUAAGUAAGGUGUCAGGUGACUGGUCAUGUGACUGGUCAUGUGACUUGUUUGUUGUAGCAUGAAGACUGAUUCCAGAAUGGGAUGUGACCACAGUCAUCCCGAUCCUCACACCAUUCCUCAGUAUAACUUCCUGCAAAAUCAACCAGACAAUGGAGACUAUUUUAGCCAUAAUAUUGGUGUAUUCAUAUACGAUUUAAUACCAUUUCCUAAUAAUAAAGCAUGAUUUUUUUAUUUUGUGAAUAAAUAUUUUCAGUGUUUGA